AUGACUCAUCACCAACUUGAUGAUCAUCAAAUGGUUAUGAUCUCUCAAUACUAUACUGGUAUCAACACCCAACUAGUACCAAAUCAUCAAGGAGAGGUGCAACCGCAGCGGAGAAGGAAGAAGAACAAAGGUGAAACGAGCAGCGCUGGAGUAGUGAGGAAGAGGAAGCUUAGUGAAGAACAAGUUAAUCUUCUUGAACGGAGUUUUGGGGACGCGCACAAACUAGAUAUGGAGACCAAGGCCAAGCUUGCUUCUGAGCUUGGCCUUGACCUUCAACAAGUCGCGGUGUGGUUCCAAAAUAGGAGGGCUAGAUGGAAGAAAAAGAAAAUCGAGGACGAAUAUUCCAAGUUGAAGUCUCAACAUGAGAUUACCAUUGUUGAGAAAUGUCAUCUUGAAACUCAGAUUUUGAAGAUGCAAGAGCAAUUGAGUGAAGCAAAAAAGGAGAUACAAAGGCUAUUAUUGGGAAGUAAUUGUGCUAGGGUUUCAAGCAAUAAUAAUAGCCCAAUUACUACUUCUUCAUCAAUAUUUUCAAUGGAGCAGCCACAUUUUUUCGAGGAUUUUGGAAUGGAGGGAAUAUUAAUGGAUUACAAUGUAUUCUUUGGUUGCUGA